AUGGGUUGUCUCGACAGGAUACAAGAGUUCCUGAGGCAUUCGAAGCGCCUUGAUAAAAGAGCAUUUCCAUCAUCACAGCUCGAAAAUUCGAUAUGCGCUAGCUCUACAGCAGAUAUUGCGUUAAGUUCAUUGCCGCCUCCAUCAGAGACGAAGCAUACCGUGAUGUCCUUGAAAAAUGUUCGAUUUGCCUGGCUGGCCUCUUCAUUGGAGAAAAAUGGCAUCAACCUGAAGAUAGAUUCGUGCCCAACAGGUACAUUGGUUUUGGUUAUUGGGUCAGUCGGCAGUGGAAAGUCUACCCUUCUCAAAGGACUUGCCGGUGAGACACCGGUGAUUGAAGGCGACUACUUCAUUGAAUACCCCGAUAUAGCCUUCUGUGACCAGACACCAUGGCUUGUCAAUGCGUCAAUCAAGGAGAACAUCGUCGGGAACUCAAAGUUUGGGCUUGAUAAUGAGUGGUACCGCACUGUUAUAAGUGCAUGUUCUCUAGACACUGAUUUCAUGAAAAUGCCCGAGGGAGAUCAAACACCAGUAGGCAGCCAGGGGGAUAAACUCAGCGGUGGACAGAAGCAGAGAAUCUUAGUAUUUGACAAAGUAUUUGGCCCGAAAGGCCUACUGCGUCAACUAGGUGGCGUGACAUUCAUGGCGACACACUCUAUCGACUACGCAAAAUAUGCCGAUUUCAUAAUUGCUUUAGGAGAUAAUGGCCAAGUGCUGGAACAAGGCAGCCCAGAAGAACUUCGAAGCUACACUGCCGGUGCUUCCGAACUAGAUGAGACGGAAACAAAAGAGAGAACCCCAAAAAAUGAGUUAGUUGAUGAUAACAAAAGUCACGAGCCUAAGGAGUCAGCACUGGAGUCUUUGGGUGACUCUUCUAGCGGCGAUAAACGCCAAGGAGGGGCCGAUCUAUCGAUUUAUAAGUAUUACUUUUCAGCUCUCGGAUGGCAAAGAAUUUUGUUCUUGUUGCUUUUCUUGAUAAUCGACUCUGGAAUGGGUGGAUUCCGAUAUAUAUGGAUUGAGCUUUGGUCCUCUAGCAACUCGCAAGGUGCCAAUCCAGACUUGGGCUACUGGCUCGGGCUUUACACUUGCUUCUCAUUUAUUGAAGCAGCAACACUCACCCUUGCCGUUUACGCUUCUUUGUCAUACUUGUCAAGUGUUGAGACUGGGUCUUUGGUUACCCGCUUUAGUCAAGAUAUGAGACUUGUCGACAUGAUCCUCCCUCGGGGUCUCAUAAAUGCCGGUUUCCAACUUUUCGCGGCCCUUGCACAGGGUGCCAUUGCAAUAGCGUCCUUGCCCUAUUUGGCAGCUGUUCUUCCAGUACUCCUGGGUCUACUCUUUCUGAUCCAGCGGUUCUACUUGAGAACGUCUCGCCAAUUGAGAUUACUAGAAAUCGAACUAAAAAGCCCUUUAUACACCCACUUCAUUGAAUCACUCGCCGGAGUGGUUACAAUCCGAUCUUUCUCGUGGGUGGAUAUAUCUGUAUCCAGAAUGGUCUCAAUGCUUGAUACGGCGCAAAGGCCGUAUUAUCUCCUUCUGUGUAUUCAGCGAUGGCUAAGCUUGGUUUUAAACUUGGUUGUGGCGGCAUUAACAGUCCUUCUUGUGGGGAUGGGAUUUGCUCUCCGCAGUAAAGUGAAUCCAGGUCUCCUCGGAAUUGCUCUUGUUAUGAUGAUAGAUCUUGGACAGGUCUUGUCAUCGCUUAUCCAGAGUUGGACAUUACUUGAAACUUCUCUGGGGGCGAUUUCACGCAUCAAAGACUUUUCGGAGAAGACCCCUUGCGAGGAAAAUGACGUACAGGAUUUGACCCAACCAAGUCCAGAGUGGCCAAAUCGCGGAGAAAUCGAGUUUGCGGAUGUCAGCAUUUCGUACGGUGCCACUGAAGACAUCAAGCCCGUGAUAUGUGACAUUACACUUCGGCUGAAGGCAGGGUCCAAGGUCGGACGGGUUGGUAUUUGGGAUUCUAUUGCAACAAAAAUUGUCGGUACCGUCGAUGAUGUGCUGGAAACAAAACUGGAUCACGGUAUACUAUCUCAGGGACAGAAGCAGCUGUUUUGCCUCGCGAGGGCACUGCUUAAAAGGAGCAAGGUUUUGAUUCUUGAUGAGCCGACAAGCAGCGAAAUUGAGGACGAGGACUGGCUGUCUGCGAUGGCACUGUGUAUGAAUGAGCAGGCAGAAAGCGCCGAAAGAAAUGCGACGAGAGACGACCACGUUGUGCAGCUUGCACUCGCAAUGGACUUGACUGCGAAUGGCCAUCUGGAAAUGGGCCUGUAG